GGACUUGCUCUGAUCUUUCUGUCAGAAGCACUGAAUGCUAAGUUCAUGUUUAGCCGCUAUGUGCAGAGCCCACAGGGGUACAGUGAGUGAAAGAGAUCCCAAGUAGUUAUAUAUAUAUAUAUUCCCACAUCAGAUUGCCAGCUUUUCAUAUAUAUAUGUAUAUUCACAUAAUUAACAUAAACCCAGGCAAUGAGAAAGGAGCGGUAUCUGCUGAACCAUAACCACAGGAAAGCCACAAUUGCUCAGGAUCAAAAGUGACCUUUCAGAAGAUAAAAAGGCCAUCAUAAAAUAAUAGAAGAACAAGCCUGUUGUAUUCUAUUUACAUCCCUGCACAGAAAAGAGAUGAACUCUGCAUAUAACACUGGAAAAGUUACUUACAUUUUAAAAGAAGAGUUUAAGAAAGUUCCAUUAAACAAUACAUCUGUUUUAGAGUACCUGUAUGAUUUUCAUGAUCCGCACAAUAGGGAAGAACAGUCUUGUAGCAAGUUCAAAGUACAGAGCACAGGCAAAUUAUGUAAUUUAGAGAAUUUGCACAGAAGCAUAAUGCAUUCAUUUCCAUUGCACUUUACAUCAAAAUGUGAUGGCACAUCUACAAAUGAUACCCUAUCCCAUGAUGACUGUCACAAUGAAAGUAUAAUAACCUGCCAACCCCAAAUGGAUCGAAAUACAAAUUGUAGUGACCAAAAAAAUAUUCAGACAUUGAACAAAGAUGUUUGUUUCAGAUCACAGCUCAGAUCCAGAGAAGUUUUUAUUGAUGAUUGGUUCAUCUCAAAAACUCACCAUUUUGGGGAAAAUGGCUUAGACAAAAUUAGCUCUGGGUUACUGUGUUCAAGAGACAUGCAGCCCCCAACUAAUUUAAAUGUAAAUACAGAUCAUACAAUGAAAAUAUUUAAUUUGACACCCAAAAAUAUUUGUGACAUAUAUGUUAAUCACAAAGGAAAUGACAGUUCACCAGAAUACAACCGAAAAGAGAGAUCAACUGGUAAAAUUGGAUCAAAUCUCUGUUCACAAUCUGCAAAUGACUGUGACUUCAAGCACAAUAAAGACCACUAUAACAAGUAUAUAUCUUCUAAAAUGCCAAAUUUGGGAAACUAUAAAAGAAAGUUACCUAUGAACAUCUCAGAAGGAAGACAAAAGACAGCAAAGAUCCUUCCCCAUAUCUGCAGUGAUUUAAAUGUCUCAAGGACCAGGAAAGACAGCAGUCUAAUGCACAGAGUGAGAAAUUAUGGAAGAAAUGUAAGGAGGGCUCAUUUUAAAAAUCCAGAUAACAGAGCCGAUGGCUUUCCCUUGUCUGUAGCAUGUCCUGUUGACGAUCAGAGUAGUUUAUUAUAUCAUUUUAGGAGUUUCUGGUCUAUCAAAAAUGCAUGCUUCAAACAAAAUUCUGUAGUCAUCUCAAUGACUGCAUCUAGAAUUCAACAAAGGUUUACAGAAAACAGAGAGUCUUCUAACAUUUGUCUCAUUACAGGUCGAGCCAUCUGUAGCAUUGAUUCAGCAGCAAUACAUUCAAAAUUAUUACCAUUUGCAACCAUUAUUAAACCAAGGACUUUUGCUAGAAACGAUUUGCAUUAUGUGAUAAAUUCUUAUUAUUUUGACAGAGAAGAACAAUGGAGAUAUCAAGAUUCGUCAGCCAUAUGUAAUAGUUACAGGGAUGUAGAUGGUAAUCUUACCGAGCUGUUAGUACAAAAGGAUAUUGUAACUCCCGAUUUAAUGCUUAACUGUGCAAAUAAUAUAAAAGAGACUGAAAUGGAAGACAAAGAAAACAUUUCCGCCUCUGUGACUGAUGAAAACUACAACUAUCACCAUAAAAGGAACGGAGCUUUUUCAAGUAUACUGAAAUAUUCUCCAACAUGCAAUGAUCUGCAAAAAAAGAAUUUGCUGUUGCCUUAUAGUAAUAUAAAAACCUUGUUUUGCUGUCUUUUUGAGAGUAGUGGUGAGUCAUUUCUGUCAACAGAUAAAACCUUUUCAGCACAGCUCAGUAACACUAGACAACCAGAAGAGCGACAUUUUGCUUCUGACAUUGUGUACACAAUUCCUGCACUUUCCUUACACGGCGGCACUAAAAAUGGCUACUCAUUAAUUCUGGAGAGAAACUUUCCGAGUACAUCUGAAGUAGGCUUUUUCCUGGAAAAUGUUCUGCAAUGUCUGAAAUACUCAUUUAAAAACUUGGGCAUAACACUUGAAGAAACAGAAGAGGAUUCUUUAUCUUGCACAGAAACAGCAAACUCAAGUAUGUGCAAUGCUGAUCCCAUUUAUAAAACAACAAUUAGAACACAGGCCUCAGAUGUUUUAAACAUCAACAACAGAGGAUAUUUAAAACAAAACAUUUUUGAUGCACGUAUAAGCCCAAACUCAAGAGAGUUCAAUGACUCUUUAAAUAAUAAUCUCAGACCAACAGAUCAUAUUCCCUACAGUAAUAGUAUUCCUUUAACAUGGAAACACAGAAAUAACCUUGGUGAAAUACAGAAAAUGUCUUCAGAGAAAGGGUUCAAGCCUUUCCGACAAAAGUCACUUAUCUAUACUAAUGCGACUAAUAUAUCCAAAACAGAAGUGCUGGAUGCGCCAAGAGAGGCUUUCCAUGAGGAAACUGAAAAGCCAUAUGUUUUAAGCAGCAAUGACGAACCAAAACCUGAUCUUACAACUGUACCUGCUGUGCAUUUGGUCAAAGAAAUCGAGAAGACACAUCUGUUUAAUAUGACCAUUGGAAAAUCAAGUGAAACUGACCGUAUGCAUGCUAAUUCAAGUAAUCUUUCUCAUUCAGUUUCAGAGGAUAGGGAAAAAAAUGUGCACUUUCAUAAAUCAAAUCCAGACCUUGUGAAAGAAUGUGUCCAUGAAAAAUACAAAAUGUAUGAUAUUCCACAUAAUAAAACACUGGCAGAGUCAAGCUCACAAGCUGGCACAUAUUGCCUACAGGAGUCAGAGAAUAUCACAGAAGAAACCACCAGUGAUAAUACAAGUUUAUUUUCCUCAUGUGAACAACAGAAUGUGAAAUUUGAACUGAAAGCUCAGUUUGAUUUGGUACUGGAAGAGCUGUCCUUAUUCCAUAAAAUUAGCGAAGAACAAGAACAUUCUUGCGAAACUGAGACAAAAAAUGAAAAGGAAUACAGCACUCGUCCUUUUCACAGGGCACCUGAAAUAAUAAACAAAGAGUACAUAGGUAACGCCAACACCGUCAGUACAAAUGGUCACAUUUUUUCAAAGAAAGUACAUGAUUCUAAAAGUCUGAAUCUGCCACGUGGACAGGAAGUACCUUGCCCAAAUGGGUCUACAAGUUCAACUGAAGAGGAGUCACUCAAAGUCAUUGAAGAUGGAUGUACAACUUAUUCAUGGAGGCCAGCCUUUGUGUCAUGUGAGCAUAAGGAAGGACAUUUUUCAGCAGAAAGACCAUUUUCUCAUGGGAUUGGAAGAUUGACACCACUCAAAACACGCACUGGCCCUCUGCGUAUCGGCCUGUCAAAAAAGGCAAGGUUCAAACAGCUGCACCCCUAUCUACGAUAAGUCAUUAUCUUCGAGGUCCUGAAAUGGAAACAUUGCUUCAAACUAUUAAAACUCGACUUGAAGGGGAAAAAACCUGGACUGGUUAUACCAAAUGUUCCCUGUAAACGCAUUUUGCUUACCAUUGUUGAGGAUCCAGAGUGGCUCUUUCACUUCAGUUGGCAUUGUCGUUAAUUUAACACAUAUAUAAUAUCUAAAUAUAUAUAUAUAUAAUGUUUUAAUACUAUUGUUAUUUUAAAGCACUACCAAAGUUUCUGGACUACCAAUACUGUCAGCGGGUUUGUAAGGUCCUUAAGGUGAUAUACCAUUUGCUUUUAAUAUACCAAUCCAGUACAAAGAUUUACUGCCAUGAACAGUAUGAAAAGUUAAUCUAAUAUUCCACUUUUAUUCAUAUCACACAAUGCGCUUAAUGGUUUUUAAGGUUUAAGGGGAACCUUUACUGCUUUAUGGACUGUUGGGGUGUACGUCAAGGGGCAACAAGUUUAGAAGCAAGAGUGAUUGGUAUAUUAUAGGGUAGUGUCACAUGGAGGUUAUGUGGCACAGGGCUAUGGGUCACACAGAGGCAAAUGCUUGCCUCAACACUUGAUUUCAAACUAGCUGAGUAAAUCUACCCAGAGGGUAAUGGCAGAUUGAUUUUUAUGGAGGUAGGCAGUUACAAUAAGCCUGUUCGGAUACUUUUUCAUGUCUUAGAGCUAGCAGGAAUAAAUAAUGCUCUUUGGGAGGCAUACAAGUACUUUGGAGCUGCAUGUUGUCCAUUGGCUGCUUUUUAGGAUAUCCACUGGGCAAAGGGGUAUCUGCACAUAAAUAAACACACCAGUGGUCGAGUGCAUAUGCCACAAGGAUCAGAGAUACUCAGAUACUUUCUUAUAUA